ACUUCGCGCAAAACAAUCAUGGCCAUGGGUCAAAGAAAUAAUUAUGAAUCCCACUUUAUAGACUUCUUAGAAAAUAAGUAUGCUCAUUUAUAUUCCGUACAACCAGAAAAAAAGAAAUCAGACAUAAUCCACAAAAAAGCUGGCUACAGUUUAGUAAUCACUAAGGCGAAGAAAAUAUCUAGAGGAUUUACUGCUUCUAAAAUGCCCGAAAUAAGUGGAGAGGAGGUUGACAAGAUAUUUGAAGAAUCAUUAAAUAAACAUUGUGGAGUUCUUAAUUGUCAAACACACUCUUUGUGUCAGCUUUCAAAAUAUGUAAGAUAUAAUCCAGAUCUUUUAGAAAAAUGGUCUGAACUAGUUUGUUUGGGAAAAGAGUCGAACUCCUCUUUUCAGACAAACCCUUGUGAAAUAGAAGAAAAGAAUACACAAAAUGAUGCAUUUGAAGAGCAGUCUAACAGAUUAUGCCAAAGUCAUUCGAACACUUUGGAAAGAAAACCCAGCGACAUAGAACAAAAGAAUCCACUAAAUGAUGCAGGUAAUCAAGAAAAGUCAGACUUUCAUAAGAGAAUUUCCCAAGAAAGCAUAAACCCACCGGUUAUUUUGGAAUUAUUUAACACUACCGAAAAUAGACUGCAAACAAUAACAGGAUUGGAUGACAAAAACAUACUAGACGCUUUAGUCAAUGAAUCACUUAAAUUAAAUGAAGACAAAAUUUCACUGAAAAAGAAAAUUAUUUUAACACUUUGCAGACUAAAAACUAAUCGUAAUUUUGAACUAUUGGCUAUAUUGUUUGGAAUCAAUCACAAAACCAUCAUCAGUUAUUUUGCUGAUACCAUAAAGCAGUUAUCAGAAGUUUUUAGACCUUUAAUACAUUGGGCAAAAAAUGACCAUAAUUAUAUAACGAAGACUGCAUUCGAAACAAUUGCAAUAGGAACUCGACCACAACUUGAAGUUUUAAUAGGAGUUUGUCCAGCCGGGUUAAUUAAUUACGUUAGUCCUAUGUCCAAUGUUGGAAUUGAAAUGGUUACACCAAAAAAAUAUCGCUAUCAUCGUGGUUCGGCAACACACUUGAAAAGGCGUAUAGAAAAACUUAAAACUUUUAAAUUUUUUUCUGAAUCAGUUGAGGCUUUAUUAGUGCCUUAUAUCGAUGAUAUAAUGAUUGUUUUGUGCGGAUUAAUAAAUAAUAGCUUACUUUUUAACGAAAACAAAACAUUAACUGUUUUCUAAAAAAAAUAAAAAUGUUAAAAAAAUAAA